CUGUGAUGGUUUUUUCUUUUUUUUUUUUUUUCUGGUCACAGGGCUAGCAUCACCAUCCUUGUUUCGUUGAGAAACUGGCCUCAGAAACCUCAACAGUGUUUUCAGCUACCGCGGCAUUAACUCUUACACACUCUGGCGGUCAACGAUUAGCACGCGGAGAUAAUUGGUUCGGAUAGUAACAACGAAGUUCGUAUGUGUCUGAUAGAACCAAUUCUAGGUUCAAGCAAGUGAGAGUUAUGGAGGAGAUUUCAAGUUCAGGGUACAAGGAAUAUGUUGCUGGCUGUCUCGCUGGUGUUGCCGCUGUAGCCUCUGGCCACCCCUUUGACACCGUCAAGGUGAUGCUGCAAAAGCACAAUGCAGAAGCACAUAUGAUUCAGUACAGAAAUGGAUUACAUUGCACUGCUAGGAUAUUAAAGACAGAAGGAAUCAAAGGACUUUAUAGAGGAGCAACAUCAUCUUUUGUUGGGAUGGCAGUAGAAGGAUCACUAUUUUUUGGUAUUUAUUCCCAGACAAAAAUGUACCUUCAGGGGGGAGUUCAAAGUGGGGAACCACAGCCGCAAGUAAUAAUACCGUCUGCAGCUUAUAGUGGUGCCAUCAUCAGUUUUGUGUUAGGUCCAACAGAGCUGAUAAAGUGUAGGAUGCAGAUACAAGGCACCGACUCUUUGGUUCCCAAGUCCAGUAGAUACAGUAGUCCCCUUGAUUGUGCUCUUAAAACAGUAAAAACUGAAGGGGUGAAAGGAAUUUUUCGUGGAGGUUGUACAACAUUGCUUAGAGAAUCUAUAGGGAAUGCUGUCUUUAUGAGUGUCUACGAAUAUGUGCGUCAUCAAAUGCAUUCAAAUAUCAAAGUUUCUUCAUCCAAUUACAGCAACCUGGUUGAUAUUGGAAUCGGGAUUGCUGCUGGAGGUCUUGGUGGUGUUGGUUUUUGGUUGACGGUUUUGCCUCUUGACGUGGCAAAGACUUUAAUUCAGACAAACCCUGACAAAAACUGUCCAAGAAAUCCUUUUCGGGUUUUGAGUUCAGUCUACCAAAGGGCUGGAUUUAAGGGGUGCUAUGCAGGUUUAGGUCCUACUAUAAGUCGAGCAUUUCCUGCUAAUGCUGCAACAAUUGUCGCGUGGGAGUUAGCAUUGAAAAUGCUAAGCAUAAGGCGUGACUAAGUCUACCAAAUUGCUGAUCAUACCGCAAAUCUCAGGACAUCAUUCAGCAUUGCAUUUGAAGCCGCUUAUUUAAUUCUUUUUUAUUAGAGAGCUUGGUUAAAGAACUUGGAAUCAGGGGCCUUGAUUUUAGCUGUCCUCUACAUGACUUUUACCCUCUAAUUUUUUGGAUAGAACAUUUCUAUCACUGGCAUAAAAUAAUAUUGUUAAUAGCCAUUGAAGUUGAAUAUUUUUGGAAGUGUAUGGCAUGGCCAAGGCAGAAAAACCCACCUUUUUGCACAAUUAAACUAUCAGUUUUAUGAUCUCUCUCCAC